AUGGAAAGCAUGAGCCCAAAAAUACUGUUUGAAACAGGGUAUACUGCAGUCACGUUUUGUGAUGGUCAGUUGGGAGAUCCUGAUAUUGUCUCGCAAGUCAGCGACAUCUUCGAAGAAGAUGACCCUCUUCUAGAGCUUUUAGGUACUCCAGAAGACCUGAGGCCAAACACAGACACACGGCACAACACCCGAAAUACAGCUUCUAAUACUAAUGCCACAGCUCAGAAGGUUAGAAUUACAUGGCCCAAGACAAGUGACAGGAACCUGUGGAAACAGUUUGAUGAAGACCUCAACACCAUCCUAGAAACAACACUCCAAGGGCCAGUAGAGAAGAAACUGAAGUCUCUGACCAACCUUGUCCACUCUAUCGGCAAAGAACAAUUUGGUGAGGUGAAACGGAAACCCACCAGAACCCCUGCACAGCCAAAUAAAAGACGACAGAUCACAGAGAUUAGAAAAGAGCUGAAGUCACUGAGGAAAUCCUACCAAAAAGCAAAUAUAGAGGAAAGACCCGGACUUCAGCAGCUUAGAGAUGAACUCAGACAGAAACUGAACGAUCUUCGUAAGGCACAACAACUCCGAAAUAAGCGGAAGAAGCGAGCCAAGAGGCGUGCUGAGUUCAUAGCCAAUCCAUACAAGUUUUCCAAAGGACUCCUAGACAAAGAAAAAUCUGGGAAGCUUGAAAGCAGUAUGGAGGAGAUACAACAGCAUCUAAAGGACACACACUCCGAUCCAGCAAGAGAUAAUCCAUUUGGAAGCUGUCCAAGAAUUGAACCAGUCCCAGAACCCACAAUUCCACUAAACAUAAAAGAACCCACAAUGAAGGAAGUAUCUGAUGUAGUGAAGACAGCAAGAAGCGGCUCCGCACCAGGACCAAACGAGGGAAUAUUUACUCCAAAGGAAAAGGGCUCCAAACAUGUGACCGAAUUCCGAACCAUUUCACUGUUGAAUGUGGAGGGGAAAAUAUUCUUCGCUGUCCUGGCAAGACGAAUGACCACGUUCCUGACAACCAAUCAGUACAUUGACACAUCAGUACAGAAAGGGGGGAUUCCGGGCUUCUCUGGCUGCAUUGAACACUCCAGAGCCAUCAGUCAGAUCAUCCGUGAAGCAAAGGUGAACGCCAAUGACCUCACAGUCGUCUGGUUAGACCUCGCCAACGCCUAUGGCUCCAUACCACACAAGCUUAUUGAAGAAGCAAUGAAGCACUAUCAUAUCCCAGAGCAUAUACAGGGGAUCAUAAAUGGCUACUUUGAUGGCAUACAGCUUCUAUUCUCAAUCUGUGACCAGACAACGCCAUGGCAGAGGUUAGAGAAGAGGAUAGUAACUGGCUGCACCAUCUCAGUGGUACUAUUCGUGAUGGUCAUGAACUUGAUCAUCAAUGCCGCGAAGAGGGAAACUAGAGGACUAAAAACAGCCUGUUGUUUACACCUUUCAUCCAGCAGGGGGUUCAUGGAUGACCUGACCAUCACUACCACCAGACAUGUACAGGCCCGCUGGGUACUAACAGCCCUACAGGACACGGUCACAUGGGCACGAAUGAAGUUCAAACCCAAGAAGUCAAGGAGCCUGAUCAUCAAGAAGGGAAAGGACACCAAAAGAUUCACUCUACAGGUGCAAGGGGAAGACAUUCCAUCCAUUAUUGACAGUCCAGUCAAGUGCCUCGGCAAGUGGUACGACGCCAGCCUGAAGGACACUAACAACAUCACUAGAGUCAAAUACCAGCUCCAAGAUGGCCUGAAGCUUAUAGACCAGACAGGACUCCCGGGCAAGUUUAAGGCAUGGCUCUACCAACAUGGGUUACUACCUAGGCUUAUGUGGCCCCUUAUGCUGUACGAGAUAGCUACAACCACUGUAGAAGGAUUCGAGAGAGUGAUCAACUGGCAUCUCCGGAGAUGGCUUGGUGUCCCUCCUAGUUUCACCAGCAUUGGACUGUAUGGCAGAACCAACCAACUUCAACUCCCAAUGACCUCACUAGUUGAAGAGUUCAAGGUUGCCAAAGGAAGACUGGUGGUAACCCUCAAAGAGUCAUCAGAUGACAUGAUAUGGAAGACAGGCAUCGAGACACGCACAGGGCGAAAGUGGUCAGCAAGCCAGGCAGUCGCCAAGAAAGAGAGCAGGCUACGACACAAAGACAUCGUAGGCACCACAGCUGUAGGAAGACAAGGCCUGGGCAGUUCAAAACCACAACGCUGGAGCACUGCCGGUAAGAAAGAAAGAAGCCAAAUGGUCCAGUAUGAGAUCAGGCUUUCAGAAGAGGAAGACGGGCGCGCCAGAGCAGUCGGGAUGGGAGGGCAGUGCGCAUGGACACAAUGGCAGACCACAGAAAGACACCUGACAUGGGUAGACAUUUGGCACUACGAACCACUACGACUCAAAUUCCUACUGAGAUCCGUAUAUGAUCUGCUGCCAUCUCCAGUCAAUCUACACAGAUGGGGGUUAGUGGAAGACCCAAAGUGUCAGCUGUGCGACAAACCAGGAACCAUGCAGCACACCCUCUCAUCUUGCCAGACAGCGCUAACACAAGGCCGCUACAGAUGGAGGCACGACACAGUCCUCAAGGAGCUAGCAGACAUACUAGAGCGGGAGAGAAGGAAGACAAGACCUACCAACAAGAAGGCAGUACCAACAAUCAAAUUCGUCAAGGAAGGACAAACUGCAAAGAAGGCAAGAACCGCAGCAACAUCUAUCCUUGAUGAAUCAGAGCGUUGGGAGAUGAAGGUCGACAUAGGAAAACAGCUGGUAUUCCCAGACAUAGUCCAUACCACACAGAGACCAGACAUAGUUAUAUGGUCUCCCAAGGACAAGAAACUGGUGAUAAUAGAACUCACUGUACCCUGGGAGACUAGGUGUGAUGAGGCCUACGAGCGGAAAAUGGGAAAGUACACUGAGCUACAAGAACAGUGUAAAAGUUGUGGGUGCAGAGGAUUUCCAGCCCAAUCAGUAUGGAGAAUGCUCAGCAACAUUGGGAUCAAGGGAGGUGACAGGAAGAGGGCUGUAGGCAGACUUGGACAAGCUGCAGAAAAAGCAUCCAACUGGCUGUGGAUGAUGCGAGAGGAGAAGAGCUGGACGCUAAACCACUGA